GACGAGGAGGAGGAGGGCGGUCGUCUAGGGUUAGGUGUUGGGGGGUGUCGGUCCGUUCUGGGCGGGGGAUGACUCACGGCCCAUCCCAUCUUCUCGACGCCGCUCGCCCGCGCAGAGCCUAGCUUCAUGGCUUAGCACGGGAGGAGGCAGUGGCGAGUGGGGUGAGGGGGACUCUUAUUUUGUUAGGGGGACCGGGCCGAAGCCCGACUGGCCUGGCAGGGCUCGCCCGGGGUCGGGCGUCAUGUCUCAUGAAGCUGAGCCAGCUCCGGACGGCGUAGAGCCCAGCUCUGAGGGCCCUCGAGCAGUGUUCGUACUGUUGGAGGAGCACAGAUCCGCGGACUCGGCCCAGCUGCUCAGUUGGUCUCGGAGUUCCUGGAUUGAAUCUCGAGUCUGUCCCUAGAGCUGGACCUGAACUCUCUGCAUCCGGAAUCUGGGAUUGUUGCUGACAUCGAAUUAGAAAACAUCCUUGAUCCGGACAGUUUCUACGAGCUCAAAAGCCAACCCCUACCCCUACGCUCCAGCCUCCCAAUAUCACUGCAGGCCACCCCAGCUACACUCUCUGCAUCGUCUUCUGCAGGGGGCUCCAGGACCCCUGCCAUGUCGUCAUCAUCUUCAUCAAGGGUCUUGCUGCGACAGCAGCUCAUGCGGGCCCAGGCACAAGAGCAGGAGAGGCGUGAGCGUCGGGAACAGGCUGCGGCCACUGCCUUCCCCAACCCUGCGCCUGCCUCUCCCGCCAUCUCUGUGGUCGGCGUCUCCACUGGGGGCCACACAUUGAGCCGGCCACCACCUGCUCAGGUGCCAAGGGAGGUGCUCAAGGUACAGACCCACCUGGAGAACCCAACACGCUACCACCUGCAGCAAGCACGCCGGCAGCAAGUGAAACAGUACCUGUCCACCACUCUUGGGCCCAAGCUGGCUUCCCAGGCCCUCACUCCACCGCCAGGGCCAACAAGUGCCCAGCCACUGCCUGCUCCUGAGGCUGCCCAUGCCACUGGCCCCACAGGCAGUGCUCCUAACAGCCCCAUGGCACUACUCACCAUUGGGUCCAGCUCAGAGAAGGAGAUUGAUGAUGUCAUUGACGAGAUCAUCAGUCUGGAGUCCAGUUACAACGAUGAGAUGCUCAGCUAUCUGCCCGGAGGCACCACAGGGCUGCAGCUCCCUAGCACGCUGCCUGUGUCAGGGAACCUGCUUGAUGUGUACAGUAGUCAGGGUGUGGCCACAUCAGCCAUCACUGUCAGCAACUCCUGCCCAGCUGAGCUGCCCAACAUCAAACGGGAAAUCUCUGAAACUGAAGCAAAGGCCCUUUUGAAGGAGCGCCAGAAGAAAGACAAUCACAACCUAAUUGAGCGUCGCAGGCGAUUCAACAUUAACGAUAGGAUCAAGGAGCUUGGCACCCUCAUCCCCAAGUCCAAUGACCCGGAGAUGCGCUGGAACAAAGGCACCAUCCUGAAGGCCUCUGUGGAUUACAUCCGAAAGUUGCAGAAGGAACAGCAGCGCUCCAAGGAUCUAGAGAGCCGGCAGAGAUCUCUGGAGCAAGCCAACCGCAGCCUGCAGCUCCGGAUUCAGGAGCUUGAACUGCAGGCCCAGAUACAUGGUCUGCCAGUGCCUCCCACCCCAGGGCUAAUCUCUGUGGCUACAACCUCAGCCUCUGACAGCCUCAAGCCAGAGCAGCUAGACAUUGAGGAGGAAGGCAGACCCAGCACAGCAACAUUUCAUGUAGCAGGGGCACCUGUCCAGAAUACUCCUCAGCAGCAGCCCCCAGCACCACCCUCGGAUGCUCUUCUGGACCUACACUUUCCCAGCGACCACUUGGGGGACCUGGGGGACCCUUUCCAUCUGGGGCUGGAGGACAUUCUAAUGGAGGAGGAAGAGGGGGUGGUGGGAGGAUUGUCAGGGGGUGCCCUGUCCCCACUGCGGGCUGCCUCUGACCCCCUGCUGUCUUCAGUAUCCCCGGCUGUCUCUAAGGCCAGCAGCCGCCGCAGCAGCUUCAGCAUGGAGGAGGAGUCCUGAUCAGGCCUCACCCCUCCCCUGGGACUUCCCCCACCCAGGAAAAGAGGACUUGUGAGGAUGAGGCUCCGCCUUUUUCCCCCCACCCUCCAAUGAAACUGCUCUGCCCUGGAAUUGUGGGGGAAGACAUGGGAUCAGGCCCUGCCCCUGUAAUAGCAAUGGUGAGUCAGAUGUGCUCCCACCCCUUCCCCUUGUGCAGGCAUUUCAGAGGGAGAAGGUAGGAGAAGCCUGUGAGAUCUGGGUCCAUACCCUAAGGGUCCUACCCUUGGCCAGGUAAGGAAAGGACACACAGGAUGAGGUCCCACUUCUGUCCCCUAAAGAACAGCCUAACCAGGUCUCCUGGGAAUAGAUGUUAGGAUGCUGCUCCAUCCUUUCUUUGAGAACUACCCGUCUAGCUCAUCUAGGCACUGGAAGAAGAAUCUAGAUCAGUGAUGGCAAACCUCUUAAAGCUUUCAGUAACAAACAGCCUGCUGCAGCACGCAUGCUAUAGGUUUGCCACCGCUGCUCUAGAUGUAGAGGUCCCACUUCUGGGAUGGUUUUUUUGUUUUUGUUUUUGUUUUACCCCUGUGGGUUUAAGCCCUGCCUCUUUCCGAUGACUAGGGGAACCCAGUCCUGGCCUUCUGAAAAUGGAGGCCCAGCCCGACCUGUUACCUACAAAAGAGCCCAUUGCAAGAAAUUUCAGGUGUGGAGGAAUGAGUAAAAUAAACCCAACCCACUUAGAGACCACCACCCUGCCACUGGCCCUUUGCAAUGUCUCCUGUGAGCAUUCCACACUGGGGAGGAACAGUGCUGCACGUUUUCCCCACCUUCUACCCAGGACCAAUGGGGCCUGACCAGUAUAGCUCUUGUGCUGACCACUGACUUUGCAAACUGUGGAUUGGUUUCCCAGGCCUACAUCGGGAUUGAGAGGCCCCCACUCUUGGGCACAGACCUGCCUCAUUCCUUGAAGGGCAGUUUGGGGCAGUGAUAGAGAUUAGUAGAGAACCCUUUCAGGUGCCCAAAAUCAGUACCCAGUCCAACUUGAGAAUGGUGUGAAAGGGAUUCCCUUGCCAGGGAAAAUGGAAGUUGUCUACAUGGCAGAAGUUUAGAGCAAGGGUUGCAAAUACAUGUUGUACCCCUGUUUGUUUACCUGAUUUUUUAUUGAUUUUUCUCUAUUCAGAAGCUAGGUCACCCUGAAACUCUGGGCUCCACCCAGCUCUCCAUUUGGAGGAUCCCCAAUUUUGGAGUUUUCAAGAGACUAUCCCACACCCGUUCCCACCCCUCAUAACACCUACACCUGAAGUCAUCAGCUUUGGUUUGCUGGGGCCAGGCUCCAAGGGAGGGCAUACUGAGGGGUCUGUAGGUUUGUGAUUAAAAUAAAUGCUAGGCGUGUUUCAUGCGCUUUUAACUUUGA